AUGGUUGCUGCUGAACAUGAACAGAUACCUAAAAAGGUGAUCAUGAUUGAUAACUAUGACUCUUUCACCUGGAAUUUAUAUCAAUAUCUCUGUGAAGAAGGAGCCAAUGUUUUGGUCUUCAGGAAUGAUGUUAUCACAGUGAAGCAGAUCGAAGAUCUUCAUCCAGAUAUACUUCUUAUUUCCCCUGGACCGGGACAUCCUCGAACUGAUGCGGGUAUUUCCAGAGAGGCCGUUAAAUACUUCAUGGGUAAGAUUCCAAUAUUUGGUGUGUGUAUGGGUCAGCAAUGCAUUUACGAUGUUUUUGGUGGUAACGUUGAGUAUGCUGGAGAAAUUGUUCACGGAAAGACAUCACAAAUACAGCAUGAUGGAAAAGGUGUUUUCAAGGAUGUUCCUCAAGGAGUUGCAGUUACUAGAUAUCACUCUUUGGCAGGAUCGCCAUCAUCUCUUCCAGAAUGCUUGCAGGUUUCUGCAAAGACAAGCCAUGGCGUUAUUAUGGGUAUCCGUCACAAGAAGUACACUAUCGAAGGUGUGCAAUUCCACCCUGAAUCCAUUUUGACUGAACAAGGUCAUUUAAUGGUGCGUAACAUUUUGAAAAUGCAUGGUGGAUACUGGGAUGGAAAGGAUGAAGCACAACCUGAAAGCGAUAAGAAGGCUUCUAUUUUGCAGAAAAUAUACAAACAGAGAAGAGAGGAUUAUGCGGAGAUUGUGAAGGCACCAGGAAAAACAUUUGAGGACUUGCAAACUUACUAUAAGCUUGGUAUAGCACCAAAGAAGCCUCUAAACCUUUACGAAAAGCUUUCGGAGAAUAUCAGGAAGGGUAAUGCUGCCAUUUUGAGUGAAAUUAAGAGAGCAUCACCUUCAAAGGGUGACAUAGACAUGAAUGCUAAUGCUGCUGAACAAGCUACAAGAUAUGCUGAAGCUGGUGCUUCCGCUAUAUCUGUUCUUACUGAACCACAUUGGUUUCAUGGCUCUAUUGAGGAUUUAGAACUUGCUAGAAAGGCAGUUGAAAUUGUGAAGGGAGAGAAGAGACCAUGUAUACUACGGAAGGAGUUUGUGUUUUCUAAGUACCAAAUUUUGGAGGCUCGUUUAGCUGGUGCCGAUACUGUUCUUCUUAUAGUGAAAAUGCUCACAACGGAGGAACUUAAAACUCUCUUUAAUUAUGCGCGGUCCCUUGAUAUGGAGCCUUUAGUAGAGGUUAACACCCCUGCAGAGUUAAAAUCGGCUUUAGAGCUUGGAGCUAAGGUUAUUGGUGUGAAUAACAGAAAUUUGAACGAUUUCUCUGUGGAUCUAGACACGACUACUACAAUGAAGAAACUUAUUCCUAAAGGGGGUGAUGCUUUACUUCUAGCAUUGAGUGGCAUAUCUUCAGUCGAACAUGUUGCCAGUUACAAGAAACAGGGUGUUUACGGAUUUUUGAUUGGUGAGGCUUUAAUGAGAAAGGGUGACAAGGUCGGUGAGUUUAUUGGACAGCUAAUUAAUGCUUAA